UGAAAUAGCUAAAAGUCAUGUCAUCAUUGCCAUUACAAAAUUUCAUUGCAGAUAACUGUACUAGAUUUCAGGGUGUGACUUUUUUUCUGGUGUGACUUAUGCAAAUUAACCUUUUUCUUGAUCUCUCUUAGGGUGAUGUCUGUUGCGUUGGUGCAGGGCACUGAUUUGUUAGGAUAGGUCCUUGAACAGUUGGUCAGGAUUUUAGGGUCCUACUUAUUGUAACAGAGAGGCCUUGGGAAAAUGCACCAACUGAUAUUUUUUCUAACUCCACCUGCUCAUGUAGAUACAACUUUGGUCUUCAGCAGAAUUUGGCAGCUGUGGAGUUUAAGGCUCUACAUAAAAUCAUCCAAAUUGGCAGUUCCAGCCAGAUAGUUGGGUCUAACAUGACAGUUAACAAAUAUAGUCAGGGCAAAAUGAGUCAGGAAGAAUUGAUGAAAUUGCUACAGUUUUCGACAUAGUCACAUCUUCCUGAAAAUUUAAAAGCUGCUCCUUAAGAAACACAUUGUUUGUAGCCUUCUAGAGUCUUCACGUACUUUUCUUAUUUUUUUACAUACCCAUUCUUAGGACCAUUAAAAAGAAAACCACGAAAUUUCGCCGUCCAGUUGCACUGGCCACACCAUCUUCGAGCUGAGCUGCGGUAGCCGUUUUGAGGGCAGUUAACCUGCCGCCUGCGCACCCCGCACCGCCUUUUGGGGAAGCCUGAGCUGGCUGUCUUUCUCCCUUUGUCUCAUAACCAUGUCCACCAACGAGAAUGCUAAUUCACCAGCUGCCCGCCUUAACAGAUUCAAGAACAAGGGGAAGGACACAACAGAAAUGAGGCGACACAGAAUAGAAGUUAAUGUGGAGCUGAGGAAAGCUAAGAAGGAUGACCAGAUGCUGAAAAGGAGAAAUGUAAGCUCAUUUCCUGAUGAUGCUACUUCUCCACUGCAGAACUGCAACAACCAGGGCACUGUAAAUUGGACUGUUGAUGACAUUGUCAAAGGCAUAAAUGGCAGCAGUUUGGAAAGCCAGCUCCAGGCUACUCAAGCUGCUAGGAAACUGCUUUCUAGGGAAAAACAGCCCCCCGUAGACAACAUAAUCCGGGCUGGUUUGAUUCCAAAAUUUGUGUCCUUCUUGGGCAGAACAGACUGUAGUCCCAUUCAGUUUGAAUCUGCUUGGGCACUCACUGACAUUGCUUCUGGGACAUCAGAACAGACCAAGGCUGUGGUAGAUGGAGGCGCCAUCCCAGCAUUCAUUUCUCUGUUGGCAUCACCCCAUGCUCACAUCAGUGAACAAGCUGUAUGGGCUCUAGGAAACAUUGCAGGUAAUGGUUCAGUUUUCCGUGACUUAGUUAUCAAGUAUGGUGCAGUUGACCUGCUAUUGGCUCUUCUUGCAGUUCCUGAUACGUCCUCUUUAGCAUGAAGUUACUUACGUAACCUUACCUGGACACUUUCAAACCUUUGCAACAAAAAUCCUGCACCGCCAGUAGAUGCUGUUGAGCAGAUUCUUCCAACUUUAGUUCGUCUUCUGCAUUAUGAUGAUCCAGAAGUAUUAGCAGAUACCUGCUGGGCUAUUUCUUACCUUACUGAUGGUCCAAAUGAAUGGAUUGAAAUGGUUGUGAAAACAGGAGUUGUGCCGCAACUUGUGAAGCUUCUGGGAGCAACUGAAUUUCCAAUUGUGACUCCUGCAUUAAGAGCCAUAGGAAAUAUUGUCACUGGAACAGAUGAACAAACUCAGGUUGUAAUAGAUGCAGGAGCACUUAUGGUCUUCCCCAGCCUACUAACGAACCCCAAAACUAAUAUUCAGAAGGAAGCUACAUGGACAAUGUCAAACAUCACAGCUGGCCGCCAGGACCAGAUCCAGCAAGUUGUGAAUCAUGGACUAGUGCCAUACCUUGUCAGCGUUCUCUCUAAGGCAGACUUCAAGACACAAAAGCAAGCUGUAUGGGCUGUGACCAACUAUACAAGUGGUGGAACAGUUGAACAGAUUGUAUACCUUGUUCAUUGUGGCAUAACAGAGACGUUGGUGAACCUCUUAACUGCAAAAGAUACCAAAAUUAUUCUGGUUAUUCUGGAUGCCAUUUCAAAUAUCUUUCAGGCUGCUGAGAAACUAGGGGAAACUGAGAAACUCAGUAUAAUGAUUGAAGAAUGUGGAGGUUUGGACAAAAUUGAAGCUCUGCAAAACCAUGAAAAUGAGUCUGUGUACAAAGCUUCAUUAAACUUGAUUGAGAAGUAUUUCUCUGUAGACGAAGAGGAAGAUCAAAAUGUUGUGCCAGAAACUACCUCUGAAGGCUACACAUUCCAAGUUCAGGAUGGUGCUCCUGGGACCUUUAACUUUUAGAUUGUACAGCUGAGGCAUGAAGGUGUUUGUUGAGUACUAUGUUUGGUAUGAGUUUGUCUUGCUGUUUCUCUACUAAGAACUCUUUUUAAAUGUGGUUUAUAAUUGUAGCACUUUUUACAACAAAACUAUACUUGAACAGUUCCAAACUGUAUAUACUGUCUGAAACUUCUCUCAAUGGGUUUCUUAUGUGGAAUUUCAUAUCUUGCAGUGUCCUGUAAAUAAAGAUUAAGUUCCACC